AUGGUUUUGAUAAAUGGCGUUAAAUACGCUUGUGAGAGAUGUAUUAGAGGCCAUAGGGUUACCACAUGUAACCAUUCAGAUCAGCCACUGAUGAUGAUAAAACCUAAAGGUAGGCCGUCUACCACCUGUGACUAUUGUAAAUUUCUAAGAAAAAAUAAGAAGACUAUACCCGAUGAGAGUCGAUGUACAUGUGGAAGGCUUGAGAAAAAGCGGCUCCAGAAAGAGGCAGAGGAAGAGGCAAGGAGGAAAGGGUUGCCAUUGCCGGUACCAGAGAAGAAGACAAGGAAGAAGAAAGAGGUUAGUUCUAUGCCUCCUGGAAUCAUCAGUCCUACCUCAUCUGGUGCAACUAGAAAGAAAAUGAUUUCCUUGGAACCGCGUAAAGCGAUCUCAUCUGACCACCUUCAUCUGCAUCAUAGUCAAACUAGUCCCACGAUGGCGACAAAUGGGAAGUCUUUGAGGAGAAGAAAUAACACUACAAGUAGCAGUGGUUUGACAAUAGGAUUGAAGGAACAGAAUAGCUUCAGUAGUUUUUCUGGUCAUGUUGGUGAUGUUACGAGUCCUGCAUCAAUAAAUGAACUGAGUGUUCACCCUAGUAAUAUGUCAGCCAAUAAGUUUUAUAACUUCUCAAACUCUUUGAAUGAAAAUGAUGAAUCUACGAAUCUGACGUCUAAUCCAUUCCUGGAUAGAAUAGAUUCAUCCACGUCAUUAGAAAGUUCUGUGUUCAACAGGAAUAUAAGACCAAAUAAUGACUCUUCAAGUUUACUAGGUAGGGAUUUUUUGGAUACUAUAGAUACAGGUGUAAACAACCAACAAACAGCAAUACAUUCGGCCGGUGUAUCAGGAACAAGUCACAGUAGUACACAUACACACCCUGUCCCUACUGGUAGGGUCACAAAAGAAUACCAUCAUAUUCCAUCGAUGACUUCAAUUUCAUCUUUACAUUCUACCCAAUCCUUAGAACAUAACUUCAAUCUGCCUCAAAGUCCACCUCUAAGUACCGUUUCAUUCAGUCUCUUAAGUGAUACGCUAUCUCCACCGACACAUAGUGGAGUAUUUCGGAAGUCAAACAAUAUGUCACAUAAUAAUCAACCAAUUAGGUCUCUCGAUUGGGAAUCAGGUAAUCAAUCUGAUAAUAAUAUAAGUCCUAUUUCGAAUAACAAUAUAUCACAGGGUGACAGAAAUGACUACAUACCAAAUGGAAAAAAUAAUCAUAAUUAUACUGCCUCACAACCAAGAAAAAUUCAGAGAUCGGUGAGUGAGCAAAACUCGCAUGAAAAUGCUACCAUUGGGUUAAAUCCGCUGUAUAACUCUAAGAAAAUUACUCCUAAAACUAGGACUCAUGUUGGAGAGGUCAUUAUUCCACUAGAUGAAUAUGUGCCGCCGGACAUAAACGGAAUAGGAAGAGUCAACGGAAGUGAAUCAUUAACAGCUCAAGACUGGCCUUUACCAAUUGAUGAAGCACCGAAUGGUGUCGAAUUUAAUGAUGUUAUGAAUAAUAGAAACUCGGAUAGAGACAACAACAUGGCUAACGAUAUUCAAAGUCAUUAUAGUGACAAUUUCAGUACAACAGCUACAGAGGCAGAACAGGCGAUCAUGAGUGAUUCUGAUAUUAUUACCUCAAAUCCGAAAGAUUUGGCAUAUACUGGUCUUUUAGAUAUGCUUUCAAAUGGUUCGUCUGUUUCUAAUAUGUCGAAGAUGAAUUUUUUUGGUCAUGGAAAUAAUAAGAAUGAUCGCUUCUCUGUGAACUUGAAUUCUCGUGAUCCCAACAACAAACAAAAUAAUAGUAUUGCAGUCAGUCGUUACUCUAAUGAUUAUAUAGAUGAUAAAAAGGUUACGACAGACAACGCUAGCACUAGAAGUGUCGAGGUGCUAUCACUAACUCCCAGUUUUAUGGAUAUUCCGGAUCGGAUGGAGUCGAACAAGACCGAGAUAGCUGCAGAUUCAACCAACAGUUAUAAUCAAACUCGUUCUGACAGUGAUAGAAGAGCCGAGUUCCAACACUUUCAAGAACAACAGAUGUUAGCUCGACAGGCACAAUCACAACUUUACCGUAAGAAAAAUCAAACUUCUACUCAAGAUGAACCUACACAGUCAUUUACGUCAAGCUCGAAAUUUGAUGGCUCCGAUCCAGAUCCAAUUCUUGGUAUCAGAAAGCCUAGUUUUGAAGAUAACAAUAUGUUUAGUAAUGCAAGCAGUCAUAAUGCAUUAGCCAAUCCUAAGAGUAAUUCUAUUUCCUUUGACGCUUCUAGAGAAUCUAGUGAUUAUAAAGGUGUUCUGGGGAAGCAACCCUCUAACUUAAUGCAUGUGAGAGAGGUCAAUAACAUAGAUGAUAGUUUGUUACCGACUUUUGCAGAUAUAGACAGGUACAGCGGGGGCGAUGCAUAUAUGGAUGUUGACUCUAGUCUUGCAGGAGUAUCUUCAAGAGAAGAAGAUUCCACUCGAGCCAAUAAUAAUCAAGAUACCGGUGAAGAUUUUGAUAAUAAAGGACGGUUCAACCUUACGCAUCACACCAGCCCAACACUAGGUAGAGAUGAUAACUCCCCCAUUAGCAGUUUACAGGUAGUGUCUCCUCCAAGCCAAUUAUUAUCUGACGAAGGUUUCGCUGAAUUGGAUAAUUUUAUGACAUCGCUAUGA